AUGCAGAAGUCUACAAAUUCUGAUACUUCUGUGGAAACACUGCAUCCCACCCGCCAAGGUGCUGGAGCUGUGCAAAUGAGAAUCAAAAAUGCCAACAGCCACCACAGCAGGCUGAGCCAAAGUAAAUCCAUGAUCCUCACCGAUGUUGGGAAGGUCACUGAACCUGUAUCCCGGCACAGAAGGAAUCAUUCACAGCAUGUCUUGAAAGAUGUCAUUCCUCCACUGGAACAAUUGAUGGUUGAAAAAGAAGGUUAUCUUCAAAAAGCUAAAAUUGCAGAUGGAGGAAAGAAACUAAGGAAAAACUGGUCUACUUCCUGGAUUGUUCUUUCUAGUCGAAAAAUUGAAUUUUACAAAGAAUCCAAGCAGCAGGCUCUGUCUAAUAUGAAAACUGGGCACAAACCAGAAAGUGUGGAUUUGUGUGGGGCAUAUAUUGAAUGGGCCAAAGAAAAAUCAAGCAGAAAGAAUGUCUUUCAGAUCACAACAGUAUCAGGAAAUGAGUUCCUUCUGCAGUCAGAUAUUGACUUCAUCAUAUUGGAUUGGUUCAACGCUAUCAAAAAUGCAAUUGACAGAUUGCCAAAGGAUCCAAGUAGUCCUUCAGGAAACCUGGAAUUAUUUAAAAUUCAGAGAUCCUCCAGUACUGAACUACUAAGUCACUAUGAUAGUGAUAUAAAAGAACAGAAACCAGAGAACAGGAAAUCUUUAAUGUUCAGACUGCAUCAUAGUGCUUCUGAUACAAGCGACAAAAACCGAGUUAAAAGCAGAUUAAAGAAGUUUAUUACCCGAAGACCUUCCCUGAAAACUCUGCAAGAAAAAGGACUUAUUAAAGAUCAAAUUUUUGGCUCUCAUCUGCACACAGUGUGUGAACGUGAAAAUUCCACAGUUCCGCGGUUUGUAAAGCAGUGCAUUGAAGCUGUCGAAAAAAGAGGUCUAGAUGUUGAUGGAAUAUAUCGAGUUAGUGGCAAUCUAGCAACAAUACAGAAGUUAAGAUUUAUUGUCAACCAAGAAGAGAAGCUGAAUUUGGACGACAGCCAGUGGGAGGACAUCCACGUUGUCACCGGAGCACUGAAGAUGUUUUUCCGGGAGCUGCCUGAGCCGCUCUUCCCUUACAGCUUCUUUGAGCGAUUUGUGGAGGCGAUCAAAAAGCAAGACAAUAACACAAGAAUUGAAACUAUAAAGUCUCUUGUACAAAAACUCCCUCCACCAAAUCGUGACACCAUGAAAGUCCUUUUCGGACACCUAACUAAGAUAGUGGCCAAAGCAUCCAAGAACCUCAUGUCCACACAAAGUCUAGGGAUUGUAUUUGGACCCACCCUUCUGCGAGCUGAAAACGAGACGGGGAACAUGGCGGUGCACAUGGUGUACCAGAACCAGAUCGCCGAGCUCAUGCUGAGCGAGUACAGUGAGAUCUUUGGCUCGGAGGAAGACUGACAGACAAGACGAGUUACUAUGUUCACAUCUGUCUCGAUGCCUAAUAUUUUUACGUUUCUGUAAACAUAUUUCUGAAAUAUUUUUUUCCUUUCAAGCGACAGAUGCCUCAUUUUGUGAAAACUUAAUGAUGAUUUUGUGUUUAAGUUCCAAACAUUUGAAUAAAAUA